AUGAAGGCGACCAGGGGCGCGAAGCUGCCGGCCGUCAAAGCUGGCAUUCUGAAAAGGCUGUUGAGCCAAGCGCAGAAGGACCUGCCGAAGCCCGUGGAGGCUCAACAGGUCCAGACUCCGCCACCCAUGCCUCCGACGCAGAUGCCUCCCGACCUCGAUGCCUUCGGAGACGAAGAGCUGCAGAAGCUCCGCUGCGGCCUGCGCCGCCCGCCAACAGAGCUGCCUCCGCCCCAAGAUGGCGUGGAGACUCUAG